CGAUGCGCGCUCUAUCGGGUAUCGACAAAUCGCCCCCUCGCCCUUGCAGUGCAGAAGAAGAAGGGAGAGAAGGCCUUGAGUUGCCGGCGAGAAUCCAAACGAAAGAACCCAAACUAACCUCCAUACCGAUCGCUUAAUUACAUUUUCGUAUUUUUAGUGGCGAAGACUACCUUAUUGUGAAAAUGGAUAUCCGACCAAACCAUACCAUCUAUGUGAACAACCUCAAUGAGAAGAUAAAAAAAGAGGAACUGAAAAAGUCGCUGUAUGCUAUAUUUUCUCAGUUCGGACCUAUUGUGGACAUCGUGGCACUCAAAACUCUCAAAAUGCGUGGUCAAGCAUUUGUUAUCUUUAAGGAAAUUAACAGUGCCACCAAUGCCCUUCGGUCUAUGCAAGGUUUCCCAUUCUAUGAUAAGCAAAUGAGAAUCCAGUAUUGUAAAUCAGAUUCUGAUGUUAUUGCUAAAAUGAAAGGCACUUUCUUAGAGAGACCAAAGAAAAUCAAAAAAGCUCCAGCUCCUGCUGAAGAUUCUGCUGACUCUAAAAGACAGAAAAAGAAAGCAGCAAAGGAACAGGCCAGAAUACAGCAGCAGUCUCCAGCUGCUCAGAAUGCACUUGCUUCUGGAUAUGGUGCUAUGGGUGCAGGCAUGAUGGCAGCUGUCCCUGACCAACCUCCCAACCAGAUUCUGUUCUUGACAAAUUUACCAGAUGAAACCAAUGAAAUGAUGCUUUCUAUGUUGUUCAAUCAGUUCCCAGGUUUCAAAGAAGUACGUCUUGUUCCUAACAGACACGACAUUGCCUUUGUCGAGUUUGAAAAUGAGAUGCAGUCAGCUGCAGCCAAGGAUGCCCUACAAGGGUUCAAGAUCACACCAUCACAUUCCAUGAAAAUUUCAUUUGCGAAGAAGUAAUAUUCUGUCCAUCAAUCUAUGUGAAUUUUUAAACACAGCACUGUAAAGUUCAUCAUGUGUCAUUUUAUGGGAAGCCUUCAGUUGACUCUAUUAACUUUCUAUCAAAAAUUUAAAUUAUGGAGGCCCAGUUGGAGCCAAGGCAUUUAUUUUCUGAAUGUUGGGAAGUGUUGCGGUUUUGUUAUCUACGUUAUGUGAAACGUAUGUUAACAAGUACACAAAAUUAUUUAAGCUGCCUGAAUUCUUUUCUUUCUGUUGCAUGGUUUGUGCUUGCUAUGACAAAAUAUAAAUUGGAAUGGAACGGCGUGCACAGAUGUAUAUUUUUUAAUAUUGCCUCUACUAGAGGACUGUAUAAAGUUUAAGUGAAAUAAAAAAAAAAUAUUAAAGUGA